GGAUCCUGACUUGUUAGAACCAGAACCAUGGUGAGAUGUACGGAGGAGAUCUCGAACGUAUAGCUCAGAGGCAUUUAACAGUGAGGACGUUUGAACGAGGUUACCUUUUAAAGCAAAUGUUAACUUUCGGAUAGUACCGUUUGCUAGACUGUCCAGCGUUUCGGGUGCUGGCUUUCGGCUUACUUUCUGGUGUUUUGCGGUGGAAAUAGCAAAAAAUGUCGUCUCCAAGUCCGGGUAAAAGGCGAAUGGACACCGAUGUGGUGAAACUCAUUGARAGCAAACAUGAAGUCACCAUCCUCAGCGGGCUCAAUGAAUUUGUAGUGAAGUUUUAUGGACCACAAGGAACACCAUACGAAGGAGGCGUGUGGAAAGUGCGAGUAGAUCUUCCCGAUAAAUACCCAUUCAAAUCGCCAUCAAUAGGAUUCAUGAACAAGAUUUUUCAUCCCAACAUCGAUGAAGCGUCAGGGACAGUGUGCUUAGAUGUCAUCAACCAGACGUGGACGGCUCUUUACGAUCUGACCAACAUCUUUGAGUCGUUUCUGCCCCAACUGCUGGCUUACCCAAACCCCAUCGACCCCCUGAAUGGAGAUGCAGCUGCCAUGUACCUUCAUCGGCCCGAGGAGUACAAACAGAAAAUCAAAGAGUACAUCCAGAAAUAUGCAACAGAGGAGGCUCUGAAGGAGCAGGAAGAGGGGGCCGGUGACUCUUCAUCUGAAAGCUCCAUGUCUGAUUUCUCAGAAGACGAAGCCCAGGACAUGGAGUUGUAGUAAUAGGAGGGCUCCCCCCAUCCCAACCCCCACCCUCCUUUAACCCCUCACAAAGACUAUAUUUGAUUUCCUAACUAUGAAAAAAAAGCAGACUUAUAAUAUUCAUAUUUAAACAAGUUGAUUUUUUUAUUUUUAUUUACUACUAAAACAAGGAUUUUUAUGAAUAUAUAUAUAGCCUUUGGUGUGUUUGACAGACACCCCCCCCCCCCUCUCUCUGUAGUUGGUAAUCCUCGGCACAGUCAUCAUAGCAAUUGCAUCCACAUUCUCUGCCUGUCAUCUCUGCAUUGGUUUGACGUUAAUUUCCCCAAACAUCUAAUUGUCUUGACUCGGGCUUCGCCUUUUUUUUUUUUACAACUCUAGUUUCACGGUGAACCAGAACUUUUACGCCGCUGACAACGUUUUGGUAGCUGCUUGCCGAGAACACAUUUUUAAGAUAGAAUCGUUUUUUUUUGUGAAGAUUGUGGGUUUUGUGUUACAUAUUUUAACAAAUACAUCCUGCAGAUCCCUCUCUGCUGCUUACUUUUCCCCCACUUAGGCAUCAUAGAUUCUCAGUUGUAUUAAACAGAGAGGAAUUUAGGUCUUUUAAAUCUUAAAUUGUCUAUUAGAGAAAAAGGAUCUCCUCUAAGUCAAUAAACCUAUUUUAUUUAAAAAGCUCUUUUUUAAGGCACCAAUAAACCAUGUGUUGUAGCUCACUGAACCUAAAAUAAAUGCUCAUAAACCUA